AUGAAACCGCAAUAAUUACCACAGUAAGCGGCUUAGAGUGAUCAUGAGUUUGAUAAACAUCAUCAUGAAAGUUAAGGAGAUGAACAUGGAGAUGAACAUCAUUUAAAAGAAUACACAACAAAAGAAUUGAGGAGUAUUAAAAUAUAAGGUGUUAUAUGUUUAAUUGGAGGAAUAGCAUUACACUUUGUACUUGGAACAUUUUAUCUUUGGGGUGGAAUAAGUAUAAAUUUUGUAAUAAAUAUAUAGGUCCAUAUGUAGGUGCUUAUAUGAAAUAUAGAGAUCCAAAUGUUACAUAAUCUACAUUAUAGAUUAUAUUUCCUAUCUUAGGAUUAGGAUUAUUUUCUGUUCUAUCGUUUGGAGUUAAAUUAGCUCAACGAAUUGGAUUUAAAACAAUGAUAGGUUUAGCUGGAACUAUCAUAUCAUUAGCAUUUUUAAUACUAUCAUUUAUUAACAACAUUUAUGCAUUCAUUUUGAUAUAUUGUUUUAUGAUUGGGAUUCCAUCAGGAUUAGUGUAUAUGUUACCUAUAAGUAAUAUAUUCUAUAAUUAUAAGUUUGUGGAUGGAAAUUCUUUCCUUUCAAUAGAGGAAUGGUAUCAGGUUUAAUUAUUGCUGGAUAUGGAUUUGGAGCAUUUAUUUUUAAUUUUGUGUGUAAGGCUAUUUGUAAUCCAAAUAAUGAGGAACCUAGUGUAACAUAUGAAGAAGAUGGAAAGGUUAAAAAAUACUUUUCAUAAAAUGUACAUAAAAAUGUUCCAUUAAUGUUUUAAAUGUUGGCAUUGUAAUUUAGUUUACAUAAAUUUGAUUAGAUCAUAUUUUUUAUUAACGAUAAUAGCUACACUAUUGAUUAAAUAUCCAAGAGAUCUUCAUCUUGAAUAUCAAUCAGUUUUAGGAGAUGGAGUAAAGAAACCAAGUGGAAUAAAUCAUGAGAAAUCAGUAGAUUAUCAUCCAACUGUCCAUCAUGCAGAAUGUGAAACAGUAGGUUAAGGGAUGAAAUCAAAACCUUUUUGGUUUUUAAUUAUAAUGGUAUUGUGUUCAGUAAUACUUGGAUUAUUGAUGGCAAAUUGUUACAAAGUGUUUGGUCAGACAGUAAUAAAACUGAUAUAAAUAUAUAGCUUGGAAUAAAUGAUUCUAAUUUAACAGUUCUUGGAUCAGUAUAAGCAGUUUGUAAUGGAGGAUCAAGAUUUAUAUGGGCAGUAUUAUUAGAUAAAUAUGGGUUUAAAAAAAUAUAUUUAAUAAUAUCAGUGAUAAAUUUAAUAUGUAGCGCUACAAUAGGUUAUAUUGAUAAUAGUUAUGUUGGAUAUUUUAUCUUAUUAUGUGUGAUAAUGUUUUGUGAAGGUGGAUUAUUAUCUUGUUUUCCAGCAGUAAGUGCAAAAGUGUUUGGACAUAAAGUAAAUAGUAUAAAUAAAAAUAGGUUGGACCAGUAAUAUAUGGAGGAUUAUUUUUUGUUAUAGGAUUAUCAAAUAUGUUAGGAUAUUUAUUGUACAAAUUUGGUGAACCAAAAAUUGGUUAUAAUGGUGUAUUUUGGAUAGUAUUUGGAUUUUGUAGUGUAGCAUUCAUUUUAGGUGUAUUUUUUAAGGAAGAAUAUGAAUGGAAGAAGAAAGAUUAAAAAUGA